AUGUCAAUUAUCGACAAACUUGCAAGAGCUCUAGACGGCCUUAAAUCAAAUGAUUUAAUGGGACGGUAUGUACCCAACAUAAAUGUAUUUAUUUUUUAUAAAUCAUAUUCUUAACUUAUUUAUUUUCAAAGGUCUGGAGAGAAAGAGAAAUAUUGCCGAGUUACUGCUGAUUUAAUUUGUGCCCCAAUUAUUAUGAAUUUUUCAUCAUUUCCCGAUCUUUUGCACAAAUCAAUCGAUAGUCUAUUUAAAAUGUGUGAUCAUGCCGAAGCUAAUAUAAGAAUGGUAGCUGAAGAAAAUCUUAAUAGAGUUGUUCGAGUAAGUUCGAGUAAUAUUACCUAUAUAGAUUUUAGGUAUUAUACAUGUUAUAUAUAAUAUAUGUCUUUCAUUCUCAUAUGUUUAGUGUAUGAUUGACUAUCGUAAAGUAGAAAUAUUUGUCGAAUUACUAAAAGAAAUUAAAAAAAAUGAUACUGUUCGACGAUUGAGAGCUGCUUUAUUAAGAUUUGGAAAUAUAUGUCAUCUAAUCAAGUAUGUAGUUUGAGAUUUAGUGUAUUAAUAUUAUUAAUACUGAUUCAAAAAACAAAUAAAUAAUAUUAUGUUUAUUCCAGUCCACCUAGUCGUAAAAAAUUUGUUUUGUUUAUAAUACCUUGUAUAAAAAAAAUUGCUAUUAGAACAGAAGAUCAAGUUGCUGAAACAUUAGCACAAACUUUUCCAAAAAUUAUGGAAAGUUUAGGGCAUAUAAUGUCCGAUAGUAACAUAAAAGUGAGAUUUUCAAAUAAUUUUAUUUACUGUUUAAAUUAUUUUUUAAUAUACAUUUUUAUACCUAACCACAUUUUACAGAUGUUGUUGGAAGCUUUCGUUAAUAAUCUCGUUACAGAUUCUGCAAUUAUUCGUAGAUCUAGUGUUACUUGUAUAGAAUCAUUAUGUCUUUUCAGUAAAAAACCAACAGUUUAUUUAAAACAUAUGUUGCUUAUAAAUUCGGUUUUAAUUUAUGGUGAGUUUUUAAAAUAUAUUAGUAUUUUAAUUAUAUUAAUAUAUUUAGGUAAUUUUUAAAGAUAUUAAUAAAUCAAUGGCAUCAGAACGUGCAUGGGUAGAGAGUUGUGUGAUUAUUGGAUUAUUAAACAGUGUCAAGAAUACAAUGCUUUAUCCAGAACAUAUUUGUGGUAAUUCAUAUGAAUUCAAACUAGAAUCAAAAAUUCUUCAAAAAAUAUAUUUACAGGUAUCUAUUUGAAUUAAUUGAUUUUGUUAAUUUAUGGAAUACUUUUAAGUGUUCAUUUAAUUAAUUAGAAUUGAAAUAAAUCUUGAAAAAUAAUAAUUUUCACUUUAAUAUUGUUUAAUGAUUUUUUCAGAUAUUUAGGUUUUGUUGUUUUACAAUAUUGCAUCCAGAUUCCAAUAUAGUAAUGUGUGCAUUAGAAACAUUAACUCAAAUGUUUGUCUCUUGUCCACAUGAUACAUUACAAUUAUUAAUAAAAAAAAAAAUGUUAAAUCAAACUAAGCUUUACGAGACUGAAAUUGGUUAGUUUACAUUAAUAAUAGUUAUGUUAUUCGUAUGUAUAAUUGUGAGUAGAUUUGGAAAUUAUUAUUUUUCUUGUAAAUAAUUUUAAUUUUCAGGCUUAUCUGCAGAAAUAACAUUUUUACUUAAAUGUACUUUUAAUAUGUGUAAUAUAUAAUUUUUAUUUCAGUUAAAAUGCAGACUAUGGUAAAUUCUAUAAAAAUACCUAGAACAUUAGCUCAAAGUUUACAAAAAUCAUUAAACUACAGUUCAUCUGAAAGUAUAGAGACUUCAUUCGUUCAACUUUCCCUACCAAAAUUUGAAGACGAACCAAGAUCAGUUUCACAGUCUAUGGACUCAACUAGACCUUCAUUAUCAUCAGCUAAUUCAAUGACUAACUUGUAUUCAGAAUUUGGGGAUGAUAGUUUGAGUGAGGUUGAUUCAAUUGCAGAUAAUGUAUUUUUUUCAGAAUAUGAAAACACUACUGAAUUUGAUAUGCAAAGUAUAAAUUCUGAGCACAGUUUUCAUUCAGCUUCAGGGUCAGUUUUACAAAAAGUAUGUUAAUCUAGCUUAUUAGUUUUUUUUUUUUUAAAAAACUAAAAUAAAAUAAUAUUUAAUUACGAUUGAUAUUGAUUAUUUUAAUAGGAAUUAGAAUUUUUAAAUCAUAUUUGUGAGGAUAUUCCUUUGAAUGUGCUUUGUAUGAAAAUCACUUCACAUUUCUUAGCACCGGAAACUAGUAAAUCUAUCAGAACUGGUAUUAAGACAUCAGCUUUUGGAUGUCUUACAGAAAUGUUGAAAAUUGAUCCAAAUUUAGCCUUUAUCAAUUUCAAAUCAUCAGGUUAAAUACCAUUUUGUUAUAAUUUAUAAAAUGUGUCAUCCUUUUAUAAUCAAUUCUAUAAUAAAUUUCUGUAAUUAUUAUUAGAUUUGAUUGAAACAGUACUUGAUGUUUCAAUUAGCUAUACUACCCAUGAAGAUCAUCUCUUAAGAGGCAUGGCUAUUAAAUUAGUUGGCACAUUUAUUGAAAUAAUUCUUAAAAAUAAUUUUGGCGAGUUCAAAAUACAGAAGAAUGUAGAUGGUCAUUCAAAAGUAGUGAUUUCUGAUCUAAUUAAUAUUAUUGCACAGGUAUACUUUAGAUAUUAUGAUUUUAUAAAACACCAGUCAACCUAUAAACUUAUUUGAUUUUAGGGAUUGAAAGAUGAUUCUUAUGUGUGUGUUUGUCAUUCUCUCUCAGCUGUAUCAGCAUGUUUAAUGCCCCUUCUAAACAGCAAUGUUUCUAAUAGUGCUAUUCCUUUACUUGAAACUAUAUUAUCAGGAUUAAGUUCUUAUUGGCUUGUUAAGGUAAUUAUUUUUUUUUUACAGGAUAAUUUUCAUUAAUUUAUUCUGUUUGAGUUUUAAUGUUAACUAAUUUAAUUUUUUGAAACUUGUACUCUAAAGGUUAAAUUAUUAGAAAUCAUUGGAAAUCUUUCUUUUAUGACAGUCUAUUUUGCAACAAAUAGUUCAAUGUAUCAAGAUAGAAUUUUGGAUCGGAUAGUUUAUAAAUAUCUUUAUGAUAACGAGCACAGUGUCAGGCACGCAGCUUCUAAAUGUUUAUUAAAGUAUAGCUAAUUAAAUUAUUUUAUAAUCAUCUAAUUUUGUUUUUUCAUUCUUUAUAUUAUUUAUAUUCUAGUAUUGUUCAUAAUUGUUAUUACAAAAUUGACUAUAUGCAACAGGAUGCUAUUACUUCUUGGGUUUGUUCAAAUUCUAGUCUACAUUGUUCUAAUUUGCUUCAACUUCAAAAUUGUAAGUAGAAAUAAUGUUUACUAUAUACAUGAUGUUAAUUUUUACAUUUUUUUUUUUUUAAAAUGGUUUGAUUUUUAGACAAAUUUCAUAAUACGUUUGUUGAAGCUUCACUAUCUCGAGUAAUAAACCAUUUGACUAGUGAUCUGAUUAAAAGUCAAUCAGCAGUAGUUGUAGUAAGUCAUUUCAGAAUUAAUUUAUAUUAUACUUAAAUGGUGUAUAGUAAUGAUUAUUUAUUUAAGGCUGGUUGUAUUGAAGCACUCACGGCUUUGUCUAAUAAUUUUAAAUCACCAGAGUAUUCAAAUGUUUGGAGAUGUUCAUUUAUUAAAGUAUCUAAUUCAAAUCCACACACAAGGUAAUGUUAUAAUUUCUAUGAUUACAUUAAAAUUAAACAUACAACAGAUGUGGACUGAGAAGUUUAGUUCAUAUUUGUUCAAUGUAUCUAUUCAAUUAUUAGUUUAGUUGUUUAAUUAUGAAUGAGUAAAGCAAUCUAUGAUAAAAUAACUUAACUUUUUUUAAAAGUGUGAAUUUAAAAACCAAUUAAAAAAACAAAUUUAUUAACCUAUAGUUAAAAUAAUAACUUUGAACUUUGUCAAAGCAAUGUUCUCAAGUGGAAUGUAAUCAUUUACCUAACAUGUCUUGUCAGUUGUAUAUUUUUUUUUAGUGCAUGUUCAGGAUUAUUUACUUCAGUACUUUCGACAAUGACAUCAACUACUGCUGCUUAUGAUUUAGAGAUGCAUUGCUGGAUGCUAAAAUUGUCUUCAAAUUUAAUAACAGGUUUUUUUUUUUUUAAUUACUAAAUAAUAUAAAGGAUUUUUGAAACAUAUUUCUGUAUACAUUUCAGAAUUAAUUCAUUCUUCACAAACUAUUAGCAUGAUGGAACAUAAAAUUGACUUUGGCAAGCAUAAUCAAUGGCUUGAAGAUGAUAAAGUUAGCUAUUACCUAGUGUUUAAUAAUAUAUUUUAAUUUUUGAUUAAUAAUUUAGUAAUCAUUAUAUUAUCUUUAUUUUUAAGUUAUUAACAUAUAUAUUUUUUUUAGUUAAAGAAGUAUUAUAAUGAACUAUGGAAACAUGUUUUAAAAUUGUUAAACAUGUUUCGAAAUGUAGUACUAGAUUAUAGAGAACCAACACAUGCUCCAAUCUCAGUACAAAAGCCAGGUUAUUCAGUUUUUAAAAUUAUAAAUUUCUUCAUUCUAAAAAUAAUUUAUAAUUUAUAUUAUUAAUGAAUUUGGUACUAAAAAUAACAAAUCAUGUUUAUAAAAAUAUUCUCUUUAUUUAGGAGAACCCGAAAAAGAUAAGAAGUUUGUAAGAGAUACACCUACGCGUAGUAAUUAUUACCAUAAAUUACAAUCUAUUGUAAAAUCUUCAUACAACAAUUAUAAGGUAAUGAAAUAAUUAAACAAAAACAAAAAAUUAUGUGUCAUAAAUACUCAAUUAUUUUUUUUAGAUGUCAAUUGAAAAUACAAGAAGUGAAAAAUUCAUCAGGUUCCUUGAGUCAGUUUUAUGUACAUUAAAAACAUUAUUGACAUUUUUAAGUUCAACUGAAUGCCAACAACACGUAGAACGUAUAAUUCUUUGUUUAACAGCAGUAUUCAAUUUAACACCUAAUUACAGUUCCAAAACCUUAGCUGAAGUAUGAACUUUAGUCAUAUUAUAAAUUUAAGUUAUUAUUCAAAAUUUUUAAUGUUUAGUUGUUUAAAUGUUUAACAUCAAAGUAUAAUAUUCCAACAAAUCAACAAAUGUUUAAUAGAAAAGAUUCUAUUCUCAUUAAAAAUGAUUCGCAAACACUAUGCUUAUAUACUCAGGCUCUACAGACACCUUAUGAAUGUUUGUCAAACUUUAUUGAUGCUAAAAUUAAAGUGUCUCAACAUGCGAAUAAACGUUGGGAAGACGAAAGACACCAUAAGACCACAACUAUGAGUGGAAAGUUUUAUUGUGGGAGUACUGAAAGUUUAGAUUUUUCUACAAAUCUGAAGUGUUUUCGACCAUUAAUCAUUAAAUGUUUGAAGGUAUGUAUGAUAUGUAUAAUUGUAUAAAUAUAUGAUUAAAUGGCUCAAUUUAGUUUAGUAACCACUCGAUACAUUAUUCUUAACUAAUAUAAAAAUAAAAAUAAAAAUUUGUUUAAAUCACUUACUUUUUGCAUGAAAAUCUGCAUUUUUAUAAAUUUUGUUUUCAACUUUAUGCAUUAAGUUUUUUAAUUAUAUUAAUUAUAUUAUAGGAAUAUGUAAUUACUGGAGAUACAGAAUUACAAUCUUCAAUAUUGGGUUUACUCAUGGUGUUACUUCAAAGUAAAGUCAACUUGAAUGUAAUUGAUCCAAAAAAUGAGUUUUUGAAGUUUGUUUUUAACCAAUUUGAUUAUCUUGAAAAUGGAUUAUUUAGGUAAUAAUUAAUAAUAUUGAAUAUUAUUUUAUUUGUUUUAAUAAUUAAUUGGUAUUUUUAUAUUAUAGAAAUCCAAAAAAUAUUAUUUCUUCUAUGUUUCAAUUUUUCAUCAAUUUGUCUGGAGAUAAAAGCCAAGCAAACAUAAUUUCUGAAGCUAUCCAUUUAUGUGAUGGGUUAAUGGCUAGCGGUUAUCCACCAGAAUUUUAUUGUAUAUUUAUAUUUUUCAAACAUAGAAGCUGCUUUUUUUUAUUAAGAAUGAAUAAUCUAUUUAAAUUAAUAUGUUUCUAGGCAUUCCAGCAAUAUUACCAAUUGUUGAAUACGUGUAUGUAUUAAAAUCUGCCUUUAUGGUGAACUCUUCUGAUUUAAAAGAGCUUGAAGCGCAAAGAGAGAUGCUGUUUGCAAUGUUGUUGAGGUUGUGUCAGUUUAACGAAGUAAGUGAUAAUGUGUUUAAAUAAUUUAUUGGAUGUGAUAUUUUGGUUUAAUGUAUUAUUUGUUCACGCAGGUUGUUAGUAUUCUUAGUCUUGUAAUAAUGGAAGGUAGUGAAGAAAAAUGGAAAAAACAAUCCAGACAAUUAUUCGAUACUCUAUAUACGUCUUUAGGCGGCUGCAAAAUUCAAGCAUCCUUACCAUCACUGAUUAAUCUGUUGUUGACAUUACAUCCAUCGUCAUACAAUAUUCAACAACAGCUCUAUGUUAUGUUUAAUACAUGUUAUGAUGUAGAGGUAUUUAUUAUUUGGUAUAUAAUUUUAAAGGCUUUUAUAAAUAUAAUAUAUCAUUUUUUAGAAAUGUACCUUGGAGCCUUGGUUGAAUACGGUUCUCUCCAACUUAAUUAUAAUUCUCAUUCAAAAAUCUGAAGAUUUAAUUUUAGUUAGAAUUUCAGAAUCUGAUAUUUCAAUUAGCUCAAAUUUAUUCGAACUUACUACACAAUCAGAUCCUUUGAAUGCAUCCAUAUUGAAUAAAAAUAAAUUUCCUGGCGAAGAAACAUUUUCCAAGUAAAAUUUACUAAAACUUAUGUUUAUUUUUGAGUAUAGUAAUUAUAUGUAUUGUUAUACUCUAUGCUUGUCUGUGUUGCAGGUUUUUGUUUAGGGUUAUAUAUUUAUCUGUAAAUGAUAUCAUAUUAUCUCUCAGUCAUCCUCAACCUAAUUGUGAGAGCAAAGUGUGUUUGCUUUCGGAAUUUUUAUUAACUUGCCAAUAUAUAGUGCAGUCUGGUAAAUGUUUUAAUUUAUUUAAAUCAAUCAUUACAAAACAUUAAGUUGGUUAUGUUUACAAUAAUAAUUAUAGCUUGUGUGUGUUAUUUAAUACAAAAUGUAUGUUGCUUUUAUUUUUUAGGUAAUUUUCCAAAAGUUGUUAAAUGUCUGCGCAAUUUUUUGAAUGACCCAGUAUUCAUUACACUUCAUAAAAAUGUCAUGACUUUGUCAAUGGUUUAUCCCUUAAUUGUAUUGCACUGGGUACAGUUAAUUGGCUUUCUAGAUUAUGAGGAUAUUGAAUUUUGGACAUCAUUACUGAACACAAACUCUACAAAAACCCAGUUAUUAUUUUUAACCUAAUGUUAUGACACAACUAUAUAGUACAUACAUAGUGAUCAAUCCUCAAUAACACACUCAUUAUCCUAAAAGUUUUUACUUUUUUGAUGAAAAUUAAAAAUUUUAACACAAAUAUUUAUUUCAACUACAUCCUCUUAUUUAUAGAAUUUUUAAUAUAGGAUGCUAUAUUAAAAUCAAAAUUGGGUAAUGGUUUUAUCCCCAAAAAUAAGGAUAACAUAACCCAGCAGUAGUAAUUUUAAAGCUACUAUUUUCAAAUUGUCAAAAAAAUAAAAAAAAAUAAUAAUAAUAUCAGUGUCUUAUCAAGGAUUUAUUACCCUGUAUGUAUAUAUUUACAUUUCUAUUUAUUUUUUCCUUUUGUAUAUUUAGGUCUGGACGUUCUUUUUAUUUGAGUAUAGUUCAAAAGGGAUGCUUCUUGAUAUUAUGUGAAGUAUUAGUAAGCAUUGAUGUAACAAUAAUUUGUCAAUUCAAUAUUCAAAUAUAUAUUAUGUUUUUAGAAUAAAAAUAUUAACUCAGACAAUAAGUUAUUGAAAUGGUUUUUGUCAGAUUGUGUUAUUCAAUUAUUGGAAAUGGGAAAUGAAACUUUAACUCAAGGAUUCCUGAACUGUAUACAUAAAGAUCCCAAUUUAAGUUUGAUGCACAUAACAGCUAUUAAAGAAAAAUGCGUUAAAGACAAAGUAUCUAGUUGAUUAAAAUAUUAGUAUUUAAUUUUUUCUAUAAAACCAAUUUAAAACAAUUUUUAUUUCAUCAGUUGGAUUUGACUAAUGAGCUACUGAGAAGUAUGAACGAAGCACAUCCUGUUCAUUGUGGAGAAGUCAUAAAAUUAAUUUUACCAACAGUAUUAGAAGACUCACACUUGGCGUUAUCACAAUUUGCUAGUUCCAUAGCAAUCAGGUAUUUACAGUUAAAAUUGAAAACUUAUUUAAAGUAUUUACAAAUCCAUUAAAAAUAAUCAUUAAUCUUGUUUAUUAUUUUAUUAAAAAAAAUUAAAAAUGUGAUUUUUAAUAAGAAAAAUGGAGUUCCUUCUCGCGUUGCCUAUUGAUGAAAGUUCGAUUCAAUUGAGCAGAGAAGAAACCUUACAAAUCUUAGAAUAUUUUAAAAAUUCCAAUAAUUGCAUACAAAAGUAAGAAAUAUUUGUUUCAAAUUAAAUUAUUGAUGCUUAUGAAAUAUAUGUAUGCAAUUGUUUUAUAUUAUUAUUAAGUAAAUGUUUCUCCGCUUUUUCAGUCGCUACUGUAUAUUGAUAUCAUUGUUCAAUAAAUUUGGUACACAGUGUUAUGAUUUUACAAGUGUUGAAAUAGACCAGAAUAGACCUGUUAAUAUUACUGAUGUAAAAAACAUUUUAAUUAACAAAAAUUGGUUUUUUGAUCAAGUUAAAACCAGGUAAUUUGAAUACUGAAUAAAUUGUUCUCUUCUCUAAAAUGUUUGUAUAUUUUUUAUCAUUUUUAUGUGAGUACGUUGUCUUAAUGGUCAGUUUUUUUUCAGACAUUUGAUUAUGUUCAAAUAAUUUUGUUUUACUUCCAUAUAAUAGCAAUAGAUGAAAUAAAAACAUUUUAUAUCUAUACUAAGCGUCCUAGUAAUAGGUUUUUAAAAUUUGUGACCAUCUUUUUGAUGACACUUUUACUAUAUUUAUUUGUUACAUAUCUGGUUUCCUGUAUUGUAUUUUUUCUUGUUGAGCACAUUUACUUCAAUAGUAACUUUGUAAUAUUGCUUUACACUUGGCUUAUUAGAGUGAAAAUAAUAUUUGGCAACUAAUAAUUAUUUUAUUUUAAACAACUUUUUCCUUUGCAUUAGAUGUUGUCGUAAUGAUUGCUCUAGUUUUGAGUCAGCUAAAUUGUUGGUAAAUUUGCCAUUGCAAGAUGCCAUCUCUAUUAUGCGUUCCGAGGAUUUUAAUAACGAUAUACUUCAACAUUGUUUCACAGUUUCAACUCAAGUUACUAUUGAAGUAUGUAUUUGGUUUAUUGUUGAUUUAAAAUUACAAACAAAUGUUAAUAAAAUAUUUAUGAUAGAUGUGGAAAUCCUUAUCAGAAGAAACAACACACUUGGAAUUAUGCCCAUUAUUUGUAGCUGCAAGAUUUGUUUUGGUGGAACAUGUUCAACAAACAUGUAGUUCUUUGCCUAGAUUUCAUCAAGUACAAUUAAUGAUUUUAUAAAUUAUUGUACAUUUUUUUAUAGUUUGAUCUGAUAUAAACCUAAUAUGUGUGUAGAUCUUUUUUCCAAUGACCAAAAUAUUAAAUGACAAACAAAAUUUGUAUAAGACACGUAUAUCUCAACUGUUUGAUGACAGUAAAUUCAUUAAAAUGAUAUUAUUUAUUACACCAGCAAUAUCAAAAUUUUUAGAAUGUGUAAAAUUUUUAUCAAAAAAAAAGACUAAAGAACAUAUUAUUUUAAUGGACUCUAACAAAACUCUUUUAAAAUAUACAGUCUUACUUUUUGAAGUAAGUAGGUGCUAAUAAAUAUACGGUUUCAAUUUAACAAUGCCUGUAAAUCAUAUAUUAUAGGUAUUAAAAUGGAAGUUAGUCAAUCAAUUGGCCGCUACAAGUAGAAUACAGUUGCUACUUAAGUGUGCAUAUAACAUUUUAGAUGUCUGUGGGUUAGCUAAUGAAUUAUGUUCUACAGAACUUGGAUCUAUUGUUUCAGCGUUAGUUUCUGUCGUAGAGUUUAUUACAGAAGACACACUUUUGCUCAUGAACAAUGAUUGUAUGUAUCAUGUAAACAAAUAUUAUAUUUAUUUUUUUUUGUCAUUACCACUUAUUGUUUAUUUAGAUUUUACAGAAACAACAGAUUUAGUUUCUAUUUGCCGACAUAUUUCAUCUUUAGUUUCUUGGGUAGAAAAUUCUCGACCAAUGUCAUCAAAUUUUUAUUUGAAUAAAUUAACAUGGUAAUAAUUAAUUACAUCAAUAAAAUAAUGCUGUGUCAGUUAUGUCAUUUGUUUAUCUGUAUUUGUGUUUUGAAUUUAGUUUCAUUAUACAAAUAAUAAGUCGCCAUCCAAUGGUAAAUGGAUUUGUGCGAUUCCCUCCUGGUGCAUGGAAAAUGUUGCAACCACCAGCCAACACCAUAGAUUUUAAUAUACCAGCAAUGCCUAUUGAUGUAUUACAAGAAAUUGAUAUACUAAAACAGUUUGUGUCUAGACUUGGUGUAGUCGGCUGGAAUAGUAAACAACAAUUUGAAGAGACUUGGAUGACUUUGUUGAGUGUGUUGGUUCCAUCUAGUGAAACUGACAUACCUAAAGAAGAACUUAUUUCUCGUAUACAAGUAAAUUAGUUUUAUGCACAUGUUUAAUAAUAGGUUUUUAGAUCAUUUAAACUAUUAUUAACGAAAAAAAUCACAAUUAAACUAAAAUGGCAUUUAAGUGUUAUAAUGUCAUCUUAAACAUAAUAUUAAUAUAUUAUGCAAUUCAAAUUACUCAAAUGUUAUAGGCAAGUAGUGCAGCUGUAAAUGGAAUAUCACAAUUGUUUAGUCAGACUUUGUUCAAAAGUUAUCCUGGUGAUACCACCAAUGAUAAAUUCUUACACGUAUCAAGAGACAUUCCACUUGACAUGUCUCACCACAAGUAAUCCUUUUUUAGAAAAUAAGUAUAAAUAAUUGUUUUAAAUUUGAUAUUAUAAUUUAUUAUGAAUUAAUAAGGUGGUUUAAGAAAUUUGAAGAAGUUAAUGAACUAAUAUAUUCAACAUUUUGUACGUUUAAAAGAACAGCUGGUAAAGAGGCACUAUUGGAUCGUUAUGAGUGCAGAGCUAAUAUCGAAAGAAUACACAAUCAAUAUCGGUUUGUCUUUGUUUAUUAGUAAUUAUAAAAAUUGUUGUUCAAUGAUAAUAUUUAGUAGUUAAUUUUAAAAUUAUUAACAGUUAUAGUUAUCACCAGUUGUCUGUUAAAUUUUUACAAAUUUCAAUAUCAGAUCAAUGGAAAUGUUCUAACAAUAUGAAUCAAAUGAAUUCAAGUAAUAUUCAGUUUACAUACAUCUUAGGUAUAUGAGAUAUUUUUAAACUAGUUAUUUGAAUGUUGACAGUGUUGGAAAUAAAAUUACAUGAAAGGAACAACAUUUUAAAAGGGAGCGGAUUGGAUCUGAACUCUUGUAUAUUACUAUUGAAAGAAGUGUUCAACCAGUGGAUAGAGUCAAAGGUUUAUUAAAUAUUUUAAAUUUUGAAUGAAUAAUAAACAAUAAUAUAAUAAUUAACUUUUUUCUGUACAGACACGUGGUUCUCUAUCACAAAUUAAUGAAAUGAUCAAAUGUCUGCUUGUGAUAUCAGAUUUGUUCACUGAAAAAGAACACUAUGUAUGGAUGCUCAAUGUGUGUCUGGAUUUGUCGCAAACACACUAUCAUGAAGAUUUAUUGUUGCAUCAGUAUGUUAUUAUUGCUGCAGCUAAAUCAAUGGCUAUUUCUAGAGUUGAGGUAGUAUAAGCUCAUUUUGGAAACUGGUGUGGUGUUUAAUAUUAUAUAUUGAUAGGAUAUGAAUGUACGAGAAAAAGUAUUGAAAUUAAUUGACAACAGUCUCAAAAGUAAUUGCCGUUUGACACAAUUAGCCGCUUUGCACGGUUUACUUUAUUUGUUAGAAGGCUGUUUGAUCAUUCAUAAUUUCCUACCAAAGAAUUCGGAAAUUGUACAGAUAGCUGUGGAUUUUGUACAAAAACAUCUAUGCACUGAAUAUUCAAUGUUGUAUGUUGGUUUUAUUUCAAUGCAGUUAUUGUGUUUUAAAUUUUAAAUUUUUUCUUUUGUAAUACCAAGAUAUGAAUGCGAGUGGCAGUUGUGUGUGAUAUCAAUAGCAUUUUAUCUAGUAGAACAUGGGUCAGAUAACAUUGAAGACUCAUUACUCAUGUCACUAGAGGGCCUCACAAAAUUAGUGUCAUCAUCCCGACACUUUAAUUUAUACCAAGCUCUCAUACAGGUUUGUACUGUACUCUUUAAUAACUUACUGCGUUUAAAAGUAUCAAUAUUCUUAUAGGUAAUUGAUUUUAGGGCUUUCAAAGGAUAAUAUUUGUAAAACACUCAAAUGAAAAUAUUAUGGAACAAAUCACAGUGCUGGCUAUGGAUAGAUUAUCAAAUGCUCCACCUGGAUUUUCCUUACCAGCAUUGCAAUUGCUCUUGUCAUGCAUUUAUGCAGGUAUGUAAACAUUUACUAUUUUUAUAGAGAUAUAAAAAUCAAUUGUAUGUCAUAUACCAUUAGUAAUCCAAUUUAUUUGUCAAUAAUAAAAUUUUGAUAAUACAAUGAAUAACCAUUUGAAGAUUUACCUAAUCACUUGUUGCUUUAUAGCAACUUAACCAGAUAGUACUUAGGUCAAGUUUAUUCACUAUAUUAAGUAUCAGUUUAUUCUUAUGCUAAUUUUCAAUUUUUUUUUUGUUUUCUUAUAUGGUAUUGUUUAUAUAUUUUACAUAUUUAAUAAGUUAAAAUAUUGUAAAUGAUAAUAACGUUUAAAUAGUAAACAAUAAAAAAUUAUAUUUCAUACUGAAACUGCCCUGUCAAAAUGACCAUAUUGAAAAGUCCAGCUCCAGUUCUUAUGUAUGUAAUGAUUUUUAAAUAUAUUUUUAGAACAUUGUAAUGAAAAUGUCGAAUCCGAUAUUGAUCCAGAUAUGAUAGUUGUCGAAAUGGAAAAAAUAAGUGUAAUGUUUGAAAGGUAAAUUUUGAUUUUGUUCUAUCGAUUUACUAUUAAAUGUAUACAUUUAAUAUUUAGGAUAAAGAAAGGGUGUUUACUGGAAGUAGAAGUAACCACUACAAUAAUGGCUAAAGUGUUGACUGACAUAUUUCCAGCAUCAUAUGUACUUAUGAGGGUUGUUGGUGAAUUCCUUUCACCCAAUCAACCUCACCCAACGUACAUGUGCACAGUAGUUAAUCAGGUUUAUAACUUGAUUUUAUAUAGAUUUAUUUAACUGUUACAAAAAAUAAAACUAAAUUAUGAAUUAAUAGAUUUUUGAACAAUUGAUAAAAGAAUCACAACUGGAUCUCCUACAAGAUUGGGUCAUCACAACACUAAGCAACUUUACUCAAGGCUUACAAAUACCAAUGGCAAUUUAUUGUCUCAUCAGUUUUUUCAUAAGUUCCUCUACAAAUAAAUGGCUAAGAGCAAUGUAUUUUCAAUUAUCUUAACUGUUGUAAAAUAUUUUCAGUUUAUUUAGUAUACUAAAUUAUGGUUUUUUUAGUUUUCCUCACGUGAGGUUAAGACUUGGACGUUACGAGUAUGAGGAUAGAAAGUUGUUGUGUAUUGCUGCAAUGGAUUUCUAUCAUAACGUAAGAAUAUCAAGCAAUUUCUUGAAGUAUUUUAUGUUUCAAUAUUUGUUAUUGUUAUUAUUUUCAUUAGCUAUCAAAUGAAACCCAAAGGCAGUUGUAUAAAGAAUCAUUCCAAUCGUCAGUGAAGUCAAAAAAUCCUUUCAAAGAUAUUAUAUACUGUUUAGAAUAA